CUCCUUAGACAUUUCCCGAAGGAAGAUGGCGAAUAUCGAUGACCUUCCUGAUGAGAUGCUGCAGGAGGUCUUCCUUCAGCUGCCUUCCUGGUUCCUCCUUCGCAGUUGCCGUCUGGUUUGCUCCCGGUGGCGAGACAUGGUGGACACCCUGAACACGGGAUGGAAAGAGAAGUGUGAUCAGGCCGGCUACUCACUUGGGAUGUUGGCUGGCGCCCUACCUGACUGGAAGACUUUCUACUCUCUUUGCAGAAUGAAGAAGAACCUCAUCAGGAAUCCCUGCGGUGAAGAGGGCCUGAACUUCUGGCAAAUUGGGCCAGAUCAAGAAGAAGCCUGGGAAGUAGGGAAGCUAUCAAGGGACAACUCUCCUUUUGAGGAUGGGACGUGGUGCUUUGGUGCAAAUAGCGGGCCCACACCCAAAAGCCAGCUCAUCGUCUUAAAGGAUCAUGGCUACUGGGAUGAGCUGAUGGACGAAGUCAAGCCCGAUAUUGUUGUGAAAGACUGGUGCGACGUCCUUGACGAGGACCCCUACAACUACACUCUGCAUGUGAAACUGUUGUCUGCCGAUUCUGAAGUCUUCUGCGAAUGUCGCGCUAAAGAGUUGGUCAUAAGUGAGCCCACAGAGACAGAAUGGAGAGAGGGCUCGUAUACAUUCCAUAACUACCCCGCUGGAGUACGUUACAUCUAUUUUGAACAUGGAGUGGACGGCGUGGACUCUGGGGCCCUAACUAACAGCAGCAUCACUGUGGGACCCAGAUUUCCCUAGAAAGAGGAGGAACCACCAGAAGGGGAAAUGGUUCCACUUAUCUGCUUGAGCAACAGGGUGGGGAGACACACAAGGGCUUGCUCUGUUGUCUCAUUCCACGCCC